AUGCUUUUGAAUAAAGUUAUUGGCCUUCUGGGCGCACUGGCGAUCGAAGCUGUGUGUACCAGUCCUGAAUUGUCACCGGUUGAAAGAAAGGCUUCUCCCUUAAAUUCUAUCAGAGCGUUGGACGACAAUGGUCAAUGUCCUCCGUGCUUCAACUGCAUGCUGCCGAUUUUCGAAUGCAAACAAUUCUCUAUGUGCAACUCAAACACAGGAAGGUGCGAAUGUAUAGAGGGAUUCGGUGGCGACGACUGUUCAACACCAUUAUGCGGUGCCUUGUCAGACGGCAACAAUAAUAGGCCAGGAAGAGAAAAUGAUACUGAAAGCUGCGACUGCGUAGAUGGUUGGGGUGGUAUCAACUGUAAUAUUUGUGAGGAGGAUAAGGUCUGCGAUGCAUUCAUGCCAGAGGGCCUCAAGGGAACUUGCUAUAAGAACGGUAUGAUUGUAAAUCAAUUUCACCAGGGAUGUGACGUUACGAAUAAAAAAAUCGUUCAGAUUUUGAACGGUAAAAAGCCUCAGGUCACCUUUUCUUGCAGCAAGUCGACUGGCGAGUGUAAUUUUCAAUUUUGGAUUCAGGAAAUCGAAAGCUUCUAUUGUGGUUUGUCCACAUGCGAAUUCGAAUAUGACUUGAAAAGCAACUCUUCGCGUUAUACUUGUGAAGCUGUACAAUGCAAAUGUGUACCAGGAGAAAUGCUCUGCGGACAGAGCGGUUCGAUUGACAUUUCCGAGUUUUUAACCGAAACAAUCAAAGGUCCCGGCGAAUUUAGCUGUGACCUGGUCACCAAAAAGUGCAAGUUCAGCGAGCCCAGCAUGAAUGAUUUGAUCACAACAAUAUUUGGGGAUCCUUACAUUACGCUUAAAUGCGAGUCGGGAGAAUGUAUUCACUACAGUGAGAUCCCGGGCUAUCAAGAGCCCUCUAAAGACAAGCUAUCGUUACUCCAUAUUAUAAUGCUUUCCGCAACAUCUGUUCUGAUUCUUUCCCUUACUAUUGUUUCUGUUGUCUUCAUUUCGAGAAGCCCGCUCUUUAGUAGUCAACCAAUCCAGUUGAAUGAUGAUGAGGACAGUGAUGACGUUGAUUUUUUGAAACUGAGCCUAAAAGCUACUCUUUCAUUUGAGGACAUCAACUAUACUGUCAUGACGGACAAGGGAGAAACGAAACUGUUAAACGGUAUUAGCGGAACUGUCAAACCGGGAGAAAUUAUGGCCCUUAUGGGCGGGUCAGGUGCAGGGAAAACUACUUUAUUGGACAUUUUGGCCAUGAAGCACAAAGCUGGUAAAGUCUCGGGAUCGGUCAAAAUCAAUGGUUCAGAGGUCACAAAGCAAAAACUUGCCAAAUUUAUUGGAUUUGUUGACCAAGAAGACUUUUUACUUCCUACAUUAACUGUCUAUGAAACGGUAUUGAACAGCGCAUUGUUACGUCUACCCCGAAAGUUAGGGUUUGCUGCCAAACAGAAGCGGGUCUACCAAGUGCUUGAUGAGCUCCGAAUUUUUGAUAUAAAGGAUCGCAUUAUCGGAGAUGACUUCGAGAGGGGGAUUAGCGGCGGGGAAAAGAGAAGAGUGUCCAUCGCAUGUGAACUUGUAACGUCACCUUCUAUUCUAUUUUUGGAUGAGCCUACCUCAGGCCUUGAUGCUAAUAAUGCAAACAAUGUGAUAGAAUGCUUGGUACGUCUUGCCUUACAUUACAAUAGGACCUUAGUGUUAUCAAUCCAUCAACCCAGGUCAAACAUUUUCAAAUCAUUUGAUAAGCUCGUUUUAUUAAGCCAGGGUGAAUUGGUCUACUCCGGGAUUGCAACAGAAGUUAGUGAAUUUUUACGGAAUAACGGUUACACCUGCCCAUCAGAUUACAACAUUGCGGAUUAUCUGAUUGACAUAACUUUCGAAUCGAAGAAGAACUAUACAAGAAUUUCCUCCACACCUGAUGAUAUCGAAGCAAACUUGUAUAAUAGUGAUGACCAUGUUCACUUGCCCCUGGAAGAUACUGUUCUGAGAAAAGACUCGGCGACCGCCACCCAGGGCGAGUGGGAGCAUUACGCUGUCCAUCGGGACGAGCUUCGUUCGUUGCUUGAUCAUAACGAAGGUGGUCAAAUCGGAGGGCUAGGAUUCUUGAAUACCAAGUUGCUUCACUCCAAAUACAGGGAAAGUCAGUAUUUUUCCGGACUUUUGGAGGAUAUUGAUGCCAUCAAAGCUGCAUCGACGGGGGACACGGUGGAGACAAAUAAUGAUACACAGCCCGCUUAUUUCAGGGAGCAACUCGUAAUAUUAUCGUCAAGAACCUUCAAAAACAUUUACAGAAAUCCGAAGUUGCUACUUGGUAACUACUUGGUCACUCUCUUGUUAGGAUGCUUCUUGGGAUCCCUUUAUUAUGAUGUGGAAAACAAUAUCAGCGGCUUUCAGAAUCGUCUGGGGCUAUUCUUUUUUAUACUGACCUACUUUGGGUUUCUUACCUUCACAGGGCUGACCUCAUUCUCUCUGGAAAGAAUCAUCUUUCUCAAAGAGCGUUCAAACAAUUACUAUUCACCAAUCGCCUACUAUAUUAGCAAAAUUUUGAGUGAUGUUCUGCCCUUAAGGGUUAUACCACCCAUUUUGUUAGCCUUGGUUGUUUAUCCUACGGUGGGGCUGAACAUGGCUGACGCUGCGUUUUUCAAGUUUGUUGGAAUUCUAGUUCUAUUCAACUUAGGUAUAUCGCUGGAGAUUUUAACUGUCGGCAUAUUUGUUGAAGAUCUCAAUAAUUCCAUUGUCAUUAGCGUGUUGAUUUUGCUCGCCUCUCUACUCUUUAGCGGCCUCUUUAUUAACACGAAGGACAUCAGCAACGUGGCAUUCAAAUACUUGAAGAACUUAUCAAUAUUUUAUUACGCGUACGAGUCUCUGAUCAUCAACGAAGUUAAAACUCUGAUGCUAAAGGAGACAAAGUAUGGUCUCAAUAUUGAAGUACCGGGGGCUACAAUUUUAAGCACUUUCGGGUUCCUCGUUCAAAACUUCCUGCUAGACAUCAAGCUCCUCGUAGUUUUCAACAUUUUAUUUUUGAUCCUUGGGUAUCUAGGACUCGAAUUGAUAGUGAUUGAACAGAAGUGA